UACUCUCACGCUCUUCUAUAGCAUCACUAACUAGACUGACUGCAUAAAUCCCUUCUUACACUCAACUCAAACACUUCCCUCAUUCUACGAAAUCAUAUUCUAUUGUAUAAAUCAAGUCAUCAUGUUUACCCAGCAUCUUAUAACCUCGGCGACUCUGAUGGGCUUGUCCGCAGCUUACGUCGCACCGCGCACUACGCCUGCCAGCGAUGGGUUCCCAGAUCCCAACCCACAGCAGCUUUUGAGCAUCGAACAACAGGCAGAUGGUCUGCUCUCCAACCUACCUCCACCGCCUCAACUUAGCGAUGCGGGUAUCACCAAUUUCCAGCUCAUCGCUUUCAAUGAGAACUUGGAAGUCAGCUUCUUCGACGAGAUCAUAAAGAAUAUUACGAGUCACGCACCCGGCUUCUGUUCUAACUCGAGCGCAUAUUCGGAGACCGCAUUGCUGGAGAUCCUGACCACAGUCAAAGCUCAAGAAGAGCUCCACGCUAUUACGGCGAUCAACAACCUGGAGCAUUUCAACGCGCCACUGGUCCCGGAGCCAUGCACGUACAGUUUCCCGGUCUCCAAUCUCGAGGAAGCCAUCACUCUCGCCGAGACCUUGACGGUAGUAGUCCUAGGCACGCUCCAGGACGCCGAGCAAUCCUUCGCGCAGAACGGCGACGACGGCCCCGUGCGCGCCGUGUCCUCCGUCAUCGGCCAAGAGGGCGAGCAGAACGGCUUCUACAGAUCCCUCCUCAACCUCAAGCCGUCGGAGAAGCCGUUCUUGACGACCAACGUCGCGGCCUUCGCGUUCUCGGCGCUGCAGCAGUUCGUCGUCUCGUGCCCCUUCGACGUAACGCAGAUCCCCAUCCCUAUCUUCCCUCCUCUGCAGGUCCUCACUACAGCCGAGCCCCGCGACAUGUACCUCUCCUUCUCGGCCGAUCUGAGCGGUAACCCGAAUAUCACUGAAGGAUCCGAUUUCUCCGACCUCUUCGUUACGUAUCUCGUCGGCCAGCAAUUGCCUAUCUCUGAGCCCAUCAUCAACCCCAAGUUUGACUCCGGCGUGCUGACUUUUGAUGCACUAUUCCCCUUCACGGAGAAUAUCAUGGUUGGGUUGAGCAUCGCUUCGCUGACGAGCUCGAAUAACUUCGCGAAUGCUGAUGCCCUUGUUGCUGAUACGCUUGCUGCGCCGGGGCUGAUCCAAGUCAAUGAGCAGCUGUCGGUGUGAUCAGGGUGAGGACAGCAGAUUGAUUUCGGUGGGUUAGCCUGUGAUAUUGGCUACC